AUGCUGCAAGUUGUUUUAAAUGAAGAUAAUACUGAAGUAGCCGAACUUUUGAUUUCAUCUGGUGCGAAUCCUAAUAAUGUAGACUUUACAGGCCAAACAGCCCUCAAAACCGCCUUUAGAAACUCUUGUAAAAAUUUCGACCUAAUUAAGCUACUACUUGAAAAAGGUGCAGACGUUAAUCAUAAACCCUGUUUAGGGGAAAGAGUCUUAAAUGUUGCCGUGUAUGAAGGUAACCUUGACCUUGUCAAACUUCUUUUACAACAUAAGGCAGAGGUGAACUUGUCCAAUAAAUGUGGAAACACUGAAUACUGCACUGAUGAAUGCAGCAGAUUUGGUCGAUUCACAGAGCCACUUGUAAUUAGCGCUGCCAAUCAAGGAAAUAUGGAAAUCAUGAAGGCUCUGAUGAAACACGGUAUAGAUUUAGAUGUAGAGUUUAAUGAAACAAAUGCGUUGCUAACUUCUGUUGAUAAAAAUGACGAACCAAUGUACACGCUUCUAAUAGAAAACGGUGCUGAGUUGGACUCAUUUAACUCCAAUGGCGAAACAGCUUUAUUUAUGGCAGCUAAAUCUGGGAACCUUGGACUAGCGAGGCUUCUCAUCAUGCAUGGCGCCGAUGUGGAUAUUUUAAACAGUAAAAAAAUUAGCGCCCUGUUUCUAGCUGUGGAGUUGGAUCAACCAGAGAUGGUGAAGCUUUUGGUACAAGCCAAAGCUGCAUUAGACACAUCUUUCUACAGCGGUAACACGGCUCUCCACAUCGCUGUCAAACACAAGAGAGUAGAGAUGACACAAGUACUCACCCAAGCUUGGGCUGAAGUGAACAAAGUCAACGACAAGGGACGGACGCCAUUGAUGUACGCUUUAAAGUUUGGACACCUUGAAUGUACACAAAUCCUUCUACAGCAUGGGGCGGAUGCUAACAUAAGGGAUAUCACUGGACGUAUCGCACUAGCUUUUGCUUUAGACAAUCGUGAAAGGUUCUACCAACAUUUCGACGAUUUUGUUCAAUGUAUCAAAGUUGUCCUUGAUUUUACCAAAGAUAUCCAUAUGGUGUACAGACUACGAGAAAACAGAACAACAAUUUUGAUAUCUUGUAUAAAGCUUGAGUGCUUUAAAGUUUUUGCAAUGUUACAACGAGCAGGGGCGGACCUUGAACAGGUGGACGAUCAAGAUGAUACGCCUUUACUAGCGGCUUUGCGACUUCCGGUUGAUAAACAAGUUGACUUCGUUAAGGUACUUCUCUUUACAGGAGCGAAAAUCGAUGUUACUAAUAACUUAGGACAGACGCCACUUUUCUUAGCCGUAAAAAACAAUAACCUCGAUAUCAUUAAAUUGUUUGUUCGUGAGAAGGCUGAACUGAAUACACGUUUUCCUAAACAUGUAGCAGGGAAUUCCGGGACAGUAUUACACUUGGCUGUCAUAAACAGAAGCGUGGAGAUUGUACAGUACUUGACAACACUUGACAUUGACGUCAAUUUACAAAAUGAUGAAGGAAAAACAGCUUUAAUAUUGGCAGCGGAGUUAGGACUUUCAGAGUGUGUGGUGGCUCUUCUUAAAGCUAAAACCGAUGUCAAUAUCAGAGACGCCAAAGGCUGCAACGCUCUUGCCUAUGCUAUAAAUGGACGCAGUCCAGAAUUAAAUCCAUCAAACACCUAUCUUUGUUGUGUCAAAGAACUUUUGGAUUACUCAAGCGAUGUCAAUGUUCAAUAUAAAAUUGAUGAUAGAAAAACAUCACCUUUGAUGGAUAGUAUUAGACUUGAAUAUAUGAGCUAUGUUGACUUGCUGUUAAAAGCAAGGGCAGAUCUAGAACUGACGGAUGAACGUGGGGAAACUAUUUUAAUGGCUGUUAUCAUGUCAAAACAAAGACGAUGGUUGGAAUUUGCCAAGCGCCUUGUAAGAGCUGGCGCUAAUGUAAAUGUUGUGAAUUCGGUUGGCAAAACUCCGUUGGAGAUGAGUAUUCGCAGACGUAAUUUUCAUUUAGUUAAGCUGAUUCUUCAGUCGGGAGCUGAUUUAAAAGAUGUAAAGGACAACGUCACGUGUCUCCACGAGUCGUCCCGACAAGGCAAUGCGGAAAUUGUCGAGUUAAUGAUACAACUGGGUGUUGAUGUGAACUCUAGAGAUAAACACGGUCAGACAGCUGUUAUGGUGGCCGGCAAUACUGAAUGUCUUCACAUGCUAAUCAAGUCUGGGUGUGACGUCAACAAAACUGACCACAAAGGCAGAAACGCUGUCAUGUUGGCAUCACGUGAUCUAAAAGUAGAAAACUUGAAAGUUCUCAUCUCUUCUGGAGCUGACGUCAUUGCCAAAUCAGUUAACGGUAAACCUGCGGCAAUAAAAGAUGUUGAUGGCAACACGUCUUUACAUUUAGGCUUAAAAUGUUUUGAAAUCACGAAGGUGUUGCUUCAGGCUGGCGUAGACCCUGACGCUGUUAACAGAUCAGGGAAGACGCCCCUGUUGCUAGCACUAGAAGAUUAUUGUUUUGACACACGAGUUUUAAGCUUGCUGAUUCUUCACGGCGCCAACGUUAACAAGAGAGACAGAGAGGGUAGCACGGCAUUAAUGAUAGCUGUUCAACGAGGUAACCCUUAUAAAAUUCAAAUUCUCCUUGAAGCUGGAGCAGAGGUUAUCCAACGGAAAGACUUUGGGGCGCAAAUAUGGGCAGUUUGCCUUGCUCGCAACUAUAGUAAUGAGCACUUGGAUCUGAUGGUAAAAGCUGGAGUAGACAUUAGUAGCGUGAAUGAACACGGUGAAACAGGUCUUAUGUUGGCUGUAAAACAUUCUAGAAUAGAGGCGAUACAGUUUUUUAUGGCGGUCGGUGAUUUGGACAAAACAGACGCACGAGGAAGAUCUGCUUUAAUGUACACUACAGAUGAAUCGAUUCAGAAGAUUUUGUUAGAGGCUGGAGUUUCUGUCAACUUACAGGACUACAAGGGGAAAACUUGUUUGAUGAAAGCCGCUAAAAAUGAAAACACAAACAUUGAAACAUAUGUAGAGCUGUAUAGCAGUUAUGGGCUUAACAUGCAUGUCGAGGAUAAUAAAAAUAGAACGGCCUUGUAUUACGUCUUCAAAGUAAAGCCAAACAACCAUUCAACAUUCUUUAUGAUAAACGUUAUGUUUCUUUUGAAAAAUGGUAUAAGUCCACUGAUGAAAAUCAAUUCUUCUGAAUUUAAAACAACGGUGUUCGAUAAAAUUAUGAGAGAAAUAUAUUUCCAAGAACUUUUCUCAAACAAGAUUGAGAUGAUAAGGUUGUUUGUUUGCAAUGGAUUUUACGUUUUACUCAAUGGAUCUUCGAUUCUCUGCCAAGCAUUGAAUGUCAAUAAAAUGGACAUAGUAAAAUACUGUUUAGCAAACUGCUACUUAAACCUUAAAGACCUAAAAUUACUCAAAGAAAAAGAGAGUUAUCUCCCUGCCAACAUAAAACCUGCACUCAGUGAACCGUGGCCACUGGUCAAGCUUGCCCUCAUUACCGUGUCGUCACACAUGGGCUACGGGGCUGAGAGAAUCGAUAGGGUCAAAAGGUCAGAACUGCCCACAGACCUGCAGGAUGCCUUGCUGUUUAACACACCUGUGGCCAGACUUCCGACAAACGAAUGGUCAACUAUUCCAUUGAACUUUGACCCUAAGAUCUACGAUGAAUUGGAAACACCUAGACAGUAUUUAAGUUUUUGGCCCGUUGACUGUUAUCUUAAACCUUAA